AUGGCAAUCCCAAUGUCCAAAAAGAAGUCUAAACCAUCCAAAAAGUUAGAAACAAAACACCAUCAGUUUUCUGAUACGCUUUUGUUCAAAAUUCUAAACCGUAUCCCUCUUGCAAUCUUUCUAUUAAUCCUUAUUUUCCUUUGGUCAUCUUCCACCACCAUCAUCUCCGGCAAAUUCGUUCACGUAUGCGUGUCGUCGCGGAAACUCAACAAUCUUUACUGUCUCUCUGCAGGUACCCAACCCAACUUUGAAAUUCCAAUUCCAGCUUUGAGCAACAAUAUUAGCACCGGUAUCAAAGAGGUAGUCGAUAUUGUCCAGGAAGUUCCGGACCCGAUCGUCAACAAUGGCAGUGAUGGGGAAGUUGCGUUUGCUGUCAAGGUUGUUGAACAGCAGCUACAAGUUCAAAGAUCAUGGAUAUCAAAUAAAAAUCAUGUAACAUCAUGUGAUGGGAAAGGGAUUUAUGUGUAUGAUUUGCCAUCAAAGUUCAAUAAGGACUUGGUAGGUCAAUGUGGAGAUAUGAUUCCAUGGACAAAUUUUUGUAAGUACUUCAACAAUGAAGCCAUGGGAGAACCUCUAGUAAAGCUUGGAAAAGGAUGGUAUCAUACUCAUCAAUAUGCCUUGGAGUUGAUAUUUCACACAAGGGCAUUAAAACAUACUUGUAGAGUUUACAAUGAAAAUGAGGCAAAGCUGUUUUAUGUACCAUUUUAUGGUGGGUUAGAUAUCUUGAGAUGGCACUUCAAAAAUGUGUCUAAUGAUGUUAAAGACACCUUGGGGUUGGAACUUGUUAAAUGGCUUGAAAACAAGGAAUCAUGGCAAAAAAACUCUGGGAAAGAUCAUGUGUUUGUGUUGGGUAAAAUUUCAUGGGAUUUCAGAAGAAAAAAUGAAGAUGUUUCAUCAUGGGGUACUCGAUUUUUAGAGCUUGAUCAACUGCAGAAAUCAAUUAAGUUGUUAAUCGAACGUCAACCGUGGCACGUAAACGACAUCGGUAUCCCGCAUCCUACGUACUUUCAUCCCCAUGUAGACGAUGAUAUCAUCACAUGGCAGCUCAAGAUUAUCCGAUCGAACCGCACAAGUCUAGUCAGUUUCGCAGGGGCAGAAAGGCCUGAUGCACCACAAAACAUAAGGUCAAUACUGAUCAAUCAAUGUAAUAAUUCAGGAACCAAUUGUAGGUUCCUGAAUUGUAGUUCAGGUGGAUGUGAUCAACCCGAAUCAGUCGUUGAGCUCUUCAUGGAUUCCGAAUUCUGUUUACAACCUCCCGGUGAUAGCCCGACGAGAAAAUCCGUAUUCGAUUCCCUUGUUUCGGGUUGUAUUCCGGUACUUUUCGACCCUUUUACAGCUUAUUACCAAUAUCCAUGGCAUUUACCCGAAGAUCAUAGCAAAUACUCAGUGUUCAUAGAACAAGAAGAGGUGAGAAAGAUGAAGGUGAACAUAAUAGAAAAGUUGAUGAAGGUUCCUAUAAGGGAAAGAGAAGAUAUGAGAAGGUACAUUGUUUAUGAAUUAUUGCCUGGUUUAGUAUAUGGAGACUCAAAUUCCCAGCUUGAAAAAUUCCAGGAUGCAUUUUCCAUAACAAUUAAUAAUUUGCUUGCAAGGGUAAACAAAAUCGAAUGAAUGAAUCCACUUUUUUUGUUCAAAUAUGAACACUAAUUGUUUAGUUUCAAGCUGUAAAUUGUAUCAAUCAAUGUCACUUUCAAUUUUCGAA